AUGUCUCGUCGGUCGGGAGCGCCUAUGCAAUUGAACGAAAUCGUAUCGCCUUUUGGAGAAGAAGUGAGAAGACAGGUACUGUCGAAAUCGGGUAGACAAAUAAGGGAAAUACUUUUUUUAGUUCCGAUCGGAAGUUAUCUGUUACAUAAGAUUCACUGCUCUGUUCAUCGUCCGACUUAAUCAUGAUGCCAUCCUGCUGGAAGAACGUAUCAGAAACACAACAGCUCGCAGCGAAAAGAAACGGUGCCUUCAGAUUCAGUAGCCGUCUUGAUCAAAGUUUUCAGUUUGAGAAAGAGACUCAGAAAAGUUCGCGCUGCGUUGAGGAUGUGGCUGAACUACUACAAUCAACUCAGAGCAUACAAUUUAGGUCAAUCAUUCAGUAGCCAUUUCAAAACUUUUUCCCUUUUUUUUAACUGCUGCAAUCAGAAAAGCCUCAAAAAUAUUGAACUUUUUCAGGGAACUGAAUUCAUCAAGAUCGACUGUUGCAUCGCUAUCUGCAUUGUAUUUCAAAAAAAUAAAGAAACGUCUUUCUAUAUAACAAUGUUUUGAUUAAUCGUUAACAAACACGCAGAAUGAACAUUUUUUCGUCUUUUUUUACUUCUUGAAGCACAAAUAGAAAAACCUCUCGAAAAAAAACCUGGUUCUCAGACAGCUAAGGCUCUGAUUAUUUUUUUUGUCAGGAAAAAAAUAUACAGUUCUGAAAUGAAUUUCUCUCAUUUUUCAUGAUGCUACCUAAGGCUUCUGCUCACCUUUUGAAGCAUUUUCUAGCACUUACGAUUGGAAUAAUUAAAAAUUGAGAGAGAGUUGGGUAUUUUAAAUUUCAGCUUUUUUUGGUAUAAACUGAAACAAGGCAAUGAGAAAAGAUGAAACGACACGGAAAACGUUUGAUUAUAACUUUAUAUCCAGUUUAAAAGCUGGAAAAUGAAACAUACACCCCGCACGUAUGCGCAGCAGGCAGGCGCCGUCAGUGCCUAGAAUAUGUGCAAAAGAGAUUGAAGCAAAUGAUUGAAAAAAAGUUUCACUCAUGAUAUGACGUUGGCUAAACUGAAAAAAACUGCAAAGCCCAUCAAAAAAAUCAGGUACUCUCUUUUUUUCUCAGAAGACACAUUAAUCAUGAACAAAACUUGACAAGAAUAACAUUUACUGUAUGUACAUGUGAGAGAAAAUUUCAACAAAGAACAAAGAAAUGUGCAUAGAACAAAAAAAAAAGAAACAAUAACGAAAUCCGUGUAAAAUCUUCAUUCCGUGCAAAAUCUUCACUCGAAGUGGUCUCUCUCAUUCUGAGGCUUCCACCGAGAGCACGGUCUCCGGGCUCCAUCUACACCAUCCACUACAUUCUGAGCUCGUCAAGACGUAACUGGAUGGACUACGCGCAGAAGGACGAGACGAAGGACCGUAAGACCAUGCUUUCAACUCUUUCGACUACACGUUCGGACUUCUAG